AUGGACGGCGACGAAUCCAUGAAUGGCCAGGUUCCGCCGAACGGACAGUUGCCGCCGAACGGGCAGUUGCCGCUGAACGGACAGUUGUCGCCGAACGGGCAGUUGCCGCUGAACGGACAGUUGCCGCCGAACGGGCAGUUGCCGCUGAACGGACAGUUGCCGCCGAACGGGCAGUUCGGGCAGCAACCACAUGGAUUCAGACCUGGGGCAGAUCCGUACAUGCAGUGGUUCUCGCAGCAGCAGCAAGUCUACGUGUCGGAGAUGUUCCGCCAGCAGCAGGAGGUUCUCCAGCAGCAACAAGCGGCCAUGCAGCAGCAACAGCGACCGUUCAUGGAGCAGCAGGAGCAGCUUCUACGGAACGUCAUCCUGGACUCGCUUGCCAACAACAUCAAGGAGUUCAGGUGUGAUCCGGAAAGCAACGUCACCUUCGCGGCCUGGUACAAUCGUUAUGACGAGCUCUUUGCGAACGACGCUAGUCGGCUGGACGAUCCGGCCAAGGUGCGUUUGCUGCUCAGGAAGCUGGGGAUGUCGGAAAACGAGCGGUACACGAGCUACAUACUGCCGAAAACAUCUAAGUUUUUCUCGUUCGCGGAUACCGUGGCAAAGCUUACGUCACUGUUCGGUACGGCCGAAUCGGUGAUAAGUCGACGGUACCGCUGCUUGCAGAUCAUGAAGCAACCUUUGGAGGACUAUGUCACCUAUGCCUGCCGCAUUAACAAAGCUUGCGUUGAAUUCGAACUGCCCAAGCUAUCGGAGGAGCAGUUCAAGUGUCUUGUUUUUGUGUGUGGUCUGAAGUCAGAGAAAGACGCAGAAAUAAGAACGCGGUUGCUGUGCAGGAUCGAGGAGCGAGCAGACAUAACUCUGGAGCUGAUUUCGGAAGAAUGCCAACGCCUUCUCAACAUUUGGCAUGACGCGGCGAUGAUCGAGGAGCAGGUAGCCGCUGUGCAAGCGUUGGAUUCGAAGCCGAAGUUCUCGAGGAAGCAGUUCAAGUCUGGUUCAGCUGGUGAUCGCGUGAAGUCCGGUAGAAGUGGUCCAGACACGGCCUGCUGGUCGUGUGGUGAGAUGCACUACGCACGGGACUGCUCGUUCAAGGCGCACGAGUGCACCGACUGUGGACUGGUUGGCCACAAAGAGGGCUACUGCCGGAGCGCUGAGAAAGUCCGGAAGAAGUACGUCUCGACGAAGGUGGUGAAAGUUAACACGUGCAGCGUGGAAGAUCGUCGGAAGUACGUGCCAGUCGUGAUGAAUCGCACCUCUGUGCGGCUUCAACUCGACACCGGGUCCGACAUCACCAUCAUCUCAACGGGAACGUGGCGCAGCAUUGGAAGUCCACCGAUGUCAACAACUUCCGUCGUGGCGAAAACUGCUACGGGCAAGCCUUUGGAGAUCGACGGUGAGUUCUGGUGCGAAAUGGUGGUCGGGGGACGAAAGUCUUCUGGUCUGGUUCGAGUGACAAGUCAACCACUGAAUUUGCUGGUCUCUGACAUAAUUGACAGCUUUGGGCUGUGGUCAGUGCCACUUGACACAAUCUGUCAUCUGGUUGAAACGUCAACAACAACAACAACAAAUGUUGAUGUACUCAAGGCGGAGUUUCCACAUCUGUUUUCUGGAGAGUUGGGCUUGUGCGUGAAGACGAAGGUGAAACUUGAGUUGAAGCCGGAAAAAUCACCCGUUUUUCGGCCCAAGAGACCGGUUGCUUACGCGAUGUACCAAGCUGUGGAUGAUGAGUUGGACCGACUCGAACGCUGCAACAUAAUUUCUCCUGUGGAUUUUUCGGAGUGGGCAGCUCCGAUCGUGGUGGUACGAAAGGCAAGCGGGGCAGUACGAAUCUGUGGAGACUAUUCCACGGGGUUGAACGACGCGUCGCAGCCCAACCAGUACCCGUUGCCUCUUCCCCAGGACAUUUUUGCUAGUUGUACCGUCUUCAGUCAGAUUGACUUGACCGAUGCGUACCUGCAGGUGGAGAUGGACGAAAGCUCGCGUGCUAUGCUCAUCGUCAACACGCACCGGGGACUAUACCAGUACAACCGCCUGGCACCUGGAGUAAAGCCAGCACCGGGAGCUUUCCAGCAAGUCAUCGACGAGAUGCUGUCCGGGCUCGUGAGGACUUGUGGUUAUCUCGACGACGUGGUCGUCGGGGGUUUGGACGAAGAGGACCAUAAGAAAAACCUACGGGCGGUGUUGCAGCGCAUUGAGGAGUUUGGUUUCACGAUUCGUGCGGAAAAAUGUUCGUUCGGUCAGCCGCAAAUUCGCUACCUGGGUCAUCUUCUUGAUCGCCAGGGAUUGCGGCCGGAUCCAGCCAAGAUCGAAGCAAUCGCCAAUCUCGCCGUUCCGACCGAUGUCAGUGGGGUUCGGUCAUUUCUGGGAGCCAUUAACAACUACGGCAAGUUUGUGGCGAACAUGCGCAAUCUGCGGUAUCCCCUCGACGAGCUGCUGAAGGAUGGGAACAAAUUUCGGUGGACGCCGGAAGCGUUCGACCGAUUCAAGCAGAUUCUCAGCUCCGUCUUGAUGCUGGCCCACUACGAUCCGACGCAGGAGAUUAUUGUCUCGGCCGAAGCGUCAACCGUUGGGCUAGGUGCAACCAUCAGCCACAAGUACACCGACGGGUCGGUGAAAGUCGUUCAGCACGCAGCUCGGGCGCUGUCGAAGGCGGAACAGGGGUACAGCCAGCCGGACAGAGAGGGUCUAGCCAUCAUUUUUGCCAAUAUCAAGUUCCACAAGAUAAUCUUCGGUCGCUCGUUCCGGCUCCAGACCGAUCACGCGCCGCUGUUGCGGAUCUUCGGUUCGUGUAAGGGCAUUCCCGUGUAUACGGCGAACCGGCUGCAGCGUUACGCGUUGACCCUUUUGCUGUACGAUUUCACCAUCGAGCACGUCCCGACUGAGAAGUUUGGUCACACCGACGUGCUGUCACGGCUUAUCAGCAACCACGCCAAACCCGACGAGGACUACGUUAUUGCUAGCAUCACCCUGGACAACGAUUUGAGGUCAGGUUGUGGAGCGGGACACGCAAGUCGACCCGUUGCUAAAGAGAUCUACCGUUACCUGCGCAAUGGCUGGCCACAGAAGCACACGAUCGUCGACUCGGAAAUUUUGCGCUUCUUCGUUCGGCAGGACUCGCUGAGCACUGUGGACGGGUGCGUUUUGUUUGGAGAAAGGCUGGUCAUCCCUGAACGGCCCCGGCAGCGGUGUCUGCGCCAGCUGCACCAAGGACACCCGGGAAUCUCACGCAUGAAGGCUAUCGCCCGAAGCUAUGUCUACUGGCCUUCGAUUGACGACGAUGUGGAGGCACUUGUGAAGGCGUGCAAGCAUUGCGCAUCAGCGGCACGAUCCCCUCCGCACUCAGCACCAAUUCCGUGGUCUAGACCGACGGGACCAUGGAAACGUGUGCACGUGGACUUCGCUGGUCCGAUGGAAGGUGCGUACUUUUUGCUGAUUGUAGAUGCCUACACCAAAUGGUCGGAGGUGAUUAAGACGAAUCGCAUAACUUCGGUGGCAACAAUUGGCAUGCUUCGCAGCGUUUUUUUUCGUCUGGGUAUGCCAGAACUGCUGGUCAGCGAUAACGGGACACAGUUAACGAGCGCCGAGUUCUUGGAGUUCUGUACAACUAACGGCAUCCAGCACCUUACGACGGCCCCGUUUCAUCCGCAGUCCAAUGGCCAAGCGGAGCGGUUUGUGGAUACGUUUAAACGAGCAGUAAAGAAGAUUCAGGCGGGGAGGAGCUCAAUCGACGAAGCGCUAGACGUCUUCCUGAUGACGUAUCGAACUACACCGAAUCGUCAGGUCGAAGGCGGCGUGUCACCAUCUGAAGCCAUGUUUGGACGCCGCAUCCGGACGAAUCUGGAACUGCUCUUUCCACCACCACCAAAACCACCCAGCGAGGCAACGGAGUUGAAAGGUGGUUCCCGGAAGCGACGGUUUGAACCGCACGACCUGGUUUACGCGAAGCUGUACAGCGGAAACAAGUGGCACUGGGCGCCUGGCCUUGUUUGCGACCGGGUUGGCCAGGUGUAUACCGUUUGGGUCGAGGACCGCCGUAUGCUCCGAUCGCACGCAAAUCAGCUUCUCAGUCGUGCAGAUUGGGAUCCGAGGACAGAUGGAGCAGAGAAGCCGAAGUUGCCCCUCGACAUCCUGCUAGAUUCCUGGAAUCUGUCGAAACCAACACCGGCUGCGGACCCAACAACACCGACGGUCUUGGACGUGUCACUACAGUCAGCAAGUCCGGAUCAACGCUCGUCACCUGGUGUCCCAGAAUGCUCGCCAUCCAUACCAAGAUCACCCGAGCAGGUUGCACCACCUGAAAGCGAGCCUGCGUCGCUGGUACCGGGGCUUCGUCGUUCUACACGAGUUCGAAAGAAGCCUCAGCGGUUCAACUCGUACCAGCUCAAUUGA